CGCCCAGCCGUAUUCAAAUAUUUCAUAUGAUAGUCUUCAGUUUUAAGAACAUGUGUUUAUUGAAAAGUGCUAGAUAUUUGUGACGUGGAGCUACCUGACAGUGUGUUUGAAGUCCUUGGGAGGGUCGUCUAUAGCCGAUUGUUUUUCCUGCUCAAGCCCACACAGAGUAACCAACUUCCUUGAUGUUUCUGUAAUUUUUGUUUUGUGGGUUCAUGUGUAGCCUUAAUGUGAGGGUCUGCAUCAUUUCUUUGGGUUCAGGGUCUCCCCAGCUGUACAGGUAGCCGGGUUUUUGCUUGUUUCUUUUAAGAGACAGGGUCUCCCUGUGUUGCCCAGGCCUGGUCUGGAAUUCCUGGGCUCAAGCAAUCGUCCUGCCUCAGUCUCCCAAAGAGUGGGGAUUACAGGUGUGCACCCCCAUGCCCAGACGGUAGCUGGGGUGGGAGCUGCAGCUCCAGGGGCAGGCAGGUGUUCAGGAGAGUCGUGCUGUGUCUCCAUCCCCUGUAGCCGGGUGGGAGGUGCAGCUCCAGGGGCAGGCAGGUGUUCAGGAGAGUCGUGCUGUGUCUCCAUCCCCUGUAGCCGGGUGGGAGGUGCAGCUCCAGGGGCAGGCAGGCUUGGGAUGCAGGUGUUCAGGGGAGUCGUGUUUCCAUCCCUGCCCCACUUGAUUUCUGGAAGGUUUCCUUUGCUGGGAGGUGCAACCCCCUUCACGCCUCUUUAAUAUGGAAUCCCAGGUUCAGUUCUGCCUCACAGGGACCACAGCAAUGUGUCUCCAGGUUUCCCAGAGCAGCCUGGGGCUCAUUCCUUCAUCUCCCAUCCAUGCAUGCGUUUUAGUCUUGUGAGGAUUCCCUGAGUUCCUUGCGAAGCCCGUGUGUGGUGAGGUGUCUGAGUCCUAGUGCUGGUGUAGCUGGGGGGCUUUUCCAGAUGGUUGUGCCGCGCUGGUCAUGCACAUGUCGCCACGUCACAUUGAUGGAAGGAGAGAAAACCUGGAAGCAUAGCAGUGGCAGGGCUCAGCCUUUAGUGCUAGAAAAGGUGUUGAUAGAUGGGGAGCUACCUCCCGCCCAGAGAGGAAGGGCCUGGGAGCCACUCCUCUGCGGAACCCUCACCCUGGUGUGCAGCUCACCCAGCACCCUUCCCUGCUGGUGUCUGGUGCACAGUGGGUCCUGCACGCACCAGCAUCGUCCACACACACCGUGCACGUCGUGGAACGGUCCUGUGAAAAACAGCCCCUGGUUGCACACGGGGUUGUGGACUGUUGGGAGGAAGCAUCGAUGCUGUUUCUCACAUGAUUUUUCAUCCUGUGGAUUUUCAUUCAGUUGUGACGUAUUUCCAAUGAAACCAGGAGUAGUCGUAUUGCAGUCCUAUAUUAACUUCUGUUCUUGAAAAGAGACCACGUGAUUUAUUGUUUUCUCUGCAGCAGUAAUUCAGAUUGAAUUUUUCUAUGGUUUUUAACCAUAUUGCGACUACGUGUAAAGGUAGUUGCAGAUUCUUUUGUAUUUGGACCUGGAGUUAGACUGAAAGCAAAUAGGAUGUAGGCGAGGGUCUGUUUCUAAUUAAAGCAGGUUUUCCCGACAGGGCUGUUCCGAGCCUCCAUCAGUGCUGUGGGUCCUGGAGAGUCGGAGGGUCAGCUCUGGGAAUUAGAUUCGUGUUCUAGGCCGAGACCCAGGAGCCAGAGGAGAUAGGGCCACUCACCCUCCGUGCGCCUGGGAAGCUGAGUGUGAAGCUCUGCUCUUCUUUCCGUCAUGGCUGCGGCCGGAUUUCCUCGCACAUCCUAUUGCACGGCCUGCCUCACAGCUGCAAGCGCACCUUCUCAUGGGACUUAGGGGGCCAGGGCUGGGGGACAAUCCCUCACACCCCACCCAGGGCAAAAGUGACAAGACUUUUAGGGAUUUCGCCCCUAUUCACAGACAGGCAUGCAUUGCCCAGCCCCUGUUAGUGAUCAGCAGUGGGGCCCCGCCGGGCUCUGAGGGCAGAGGUCUGGUGGGAAGCCUCGAGUGAGUUUGCUGCGACUGAUCUUUUGUUGCUUGACUGUUCCUCUCUGUCUCAGCCAUGUUUGACCGUGAGAACAAGGCCGGUGUGAACUUCAGCGAGUUCACGGGUGUGUGGAAGUACAUCACGGACUGGCAGAACGUCUUCCGCACGUACGACCGGGACAACUCCGGGAUGAUCGACAAGAACGAGCUGAAGCAGGCCCUUUCAGGUUUCGGCUACCGGCUCUCUGACCAGUUCCACGACAUCCUCAUUCGAAAGUUCGACAGGCAGGGACGGGGACAGAUCGCCUUCGACGACUUCAUCCAGGGCUGCAUCGUCCUGCAGAGGUUGACGGAUAUAUUCAGACGUUACGACACAGAUCAGGAUGGCUGGAUUCAGGUGUCGUACGAACAGUACCUGUCCAUGGUCUUCAGUAUCGUAUGACCCUGGCCUCUCAUGAAGAGCAGCACGACAUGGCAAGAGCCGAAACGCCAAAGUUCCUGCCUGUGAGGGAACGGAACCCAGAUGCAGUUAGAUGCUGCUCUUCCUUUAGAUUUUACCGUGUGGGGACCCAGCUGUACAUAUGUGGAUAAGGUGAUUCAUGUUUUCCAACUCUAAUAGUAGCUGCAUCAUUAUAAUGCAGACAUUGGAUUUGGUGACUGUCUCAUUGUGCCAUGAGGUAAAUGUAAUAAUGUUUGAGGCAUUCUGCUUGCAAAAAAAUCUAUCAUGUGCUUUUCUAGAUGUCUCUGGUUCUAUAGUGGAAAUGCUUUUAUUAGCCAAUAGGAAUUUUAAAAUAAUAUGGAACUUGCACAAAAGGCUUUUCAUGUGCCUUACUUUUUUAAAAAGGAGUUUAUUGUAUUCAUUGGUAUAUGCGACGUAAGCAAUAAAGGGAAUGUUAGACCUGU